GCCGCCAUGGCGACCCUGGAGAAGCUGAUGAAGGCCUUCGAGUCCCUCAAGUCCUUCCAGCAGCAGCAGCAGCAGCAGCCGCCUCAGCCGCCUCAGCCGCCGCCGCCGCAGGCGCAGCCGCCUCAGCCGCCUCAGCCGCCUCAGCCGCCCCCGCCGCCGCCCGGCCUGGCCGCGCCCGACGAGCCGCUGCCUCGACCAAAGAAAGAGCUUUCGGCCACCAAGAAAGACCGCGUGAACCACUGCCUGACCAUAUGUGAGAACAUAGUGGCCCAGUCGCUCAGAAAUUCUCCAGAGUUCCAGAAGCUUCUGGGCAUUGCCAUGGAACUCUUCCUGCUGUGCAGCGACGAUGCGGAGUCGGACGUCAGGAUGGUGGCUGACGAGUGCCUCAACAGAGUCAUCAAGGCUUUGAUGGAUUCCAACCUUCCCAGGCUACAGUUAGAACUCUAUAAGGAAAUUAAAAAGAACGGCGCGUUUCGGAGCCUGCGCGCUGCCCUCUGGAGGUUUGCUGAGCUGGCUCACCUGGUUCGGCCACAGAAGUGCAGGCCUUACUUGGUAAACCUUUUACCUUGUCUGACACGAACGAGCAAGAGACCUGAGGAAUCUGUUCAGGAGACCUUGGCUGCAGCUAUACCCAAAAUUAUGGCUGCUUUUGGCAAUUUUGCAAACGACAAUGAAAUUAAGGUUCUGUUGAAGGCGUUCAUAGCAAAUCUGAAGUCAAGCUCCCCUACCAUUCGGCGGACAGCAGCCAGUUCAGCAGUCAGCAUCUGUCAGCACUCGAGAAGGACGCAGUAUUUUUAUAGCUGGCUGUUAAACGUGCUUCUAGGUCUGCUAGUUCCCGUUGAGGACGAACACUCCACUCUGCUGAUUCUCGGGGUGCUCCUCACAUUGAGGUAUUUGGUGCCCUUGCUCCAGCAGCAGGUCAAGGACACGAGCCUGAAGGGCAGCUUUGGGGUGACACGGAAAGAAAUGGAAGUCUCCCCCUCGACAGAGCACCUUGUCCAGAUUUACGAAUUGACCCUGCACUACACUCAGCACCAGGACCACAACGUGGUGACCGGGGCCCUGGAGCUCUUACAGCAGCUUCUCCGCACACCUCCGCCCGAGCUCCUGCAGACCCUGACUGCGGCCGGCGGCAUCGCGCAGCUCACGGCCGCCAAGGAGGAACCGAGGGCCCGGAGCCGCAGCGGGAGUAUUGUGGAGCUCCUAGCUGGAGGGGGUUCUUCCUGCAGCCCUGUCCUUUCAAGAAAACAAAAAGCCUCAGUCAAGGGCGAGCUGGCCCCUGCUCCUGGGCUCUCUGCCCCCGGCUGCACUGGCUUGGGCCCCGCGGGCCAGGACAUCAUCACUGAGCAGCCCCGGCCUCAGCACACGCUACAGCCGGAUGCCGGGGCUCCCACUAGCUGCGACCUGGUGAGCGCGGCCACCGCCGGGGACGAGGAGGACAUCUUGAGCCACAGCUCCAGCCAGGUCAGCGCCGUCCCGUCCGACCCCGCUAUGGACCUGGAUGACGGCACCCAGGCCUCCUCGCCCAUCAGUGACAGCUCCCAGACCACCACUGAGGGCCCCGAUUCGGCCGUGACCCCGUCCGACGGCUCUGAAAUCGUGUUAGAUGGUGCCGACAGCCAGUUUUCGGAGAUCGGACAGCCGCAGGACGAGGAGGACGAGGAGGACGAGGACGACGAGGCGGCGGCCGCCAUCCAUCCGGAUGAGGCCGCGGAGGCUCUCGGCUCUUCCGUCGCCCUUCAGCAGGCACAUUUGUUGGAGAGCACUGGUCACAGCAGGCAGGCCUCUGACAGCAGCCUGGACAAGUUUGUCUCAAGGGAGGAGGCUGCUGAGCCAGGUGAUCAGGAGAACAAGCCUUGCCGGAUCAAGGGGGACAUAGGCCAGGUUGCCGACGCGGGCGCUGCGCCUCUCACCCACUGUGUCCGCCUCCUGUCUGCCUCCUUUCUGCUCACGGGACAGAGGAACGCGCUGGUUCCGGACAGGGAGGUGCGGGUCAGUGUGAAGGCCCUGGCGCUCAGUUGUGUGGGGGCAGCCGUGGCCCUUCAUCCCGAGUCUUUCUUCAGCAAACUGUACAAGGUUCCCCUUGACGCCACCGAAUUCCCUGAGGAGCAGUACGUCUCGGACGUCCUGAAUUACAUUGACCACGGGGACCCGCAGGUCCGAGGAGCCACAGCCAUUCUCUGCGGUACCCUGGUCUACUCCAUCCUCAGCAAGUCCCGUUUCCAGGUGGCAGACUGGAUCGGCCCCGUCAGGUCUCUGACAGGAAAUACGUUUUCUCUCGCGGAUUGCAUCCCUUUGCUGCAGAAAAGUUUGAAGGAUGAGUCUUCUGUUACUUGCAAAUUGGCAUGUACUGCUGUGAGGCACUGUGUCACGAGUCUCUGCAGUAGCAGCUACAGCGACUUGGGGGUGCAGCUGAUCACCGACGUGCUGACCCUCAGGAACAGCUCUUACUGGCUGGUGAGGACAGAGCUGUUGGAGACCCUGGCGGAGAUUGACUUUAGGUUGGUGAGCUUUUUGGAAGCCAAAGCCGAAAAUUUACACAGAGGAGCCCAUCAUUACACUGGGCUUCUAAAGCUGCAGGAACGAGUGCUCCAUGACGUUGUCAUCUAUCUGCUUGGGGACGAAGACCCCAGGGUGCGUCACGUGGCCGCAGCCUCCUUGGCCAGGCUUAUCCCAAAGCUGUUUUAUAAAUGUGACCAAGGACAAGCUGACCCCGUGGUGGCCGUGGCGCGAGAUCAGAGCAGCGUUUACCUGAAGCUCCUCAUGCACGAGACGCCGCCCCCCUCCCACUUCUCCGUCAGCACCAUCACCAGAAUAUAUAGAGGUUAUAACUUACUACCCAGCAUAACAGAUGUCACUAUGGAAAAUAACCUUUCGAGAGUGAUUGCUGCGGUUUCUCAUGAACUAAUCACAUCAACCACGCGUGCACUCACAUUUGGAUGCUGUGAAGCUUUGUGUCUGCUUUCGACGGCCUUCCCGGUUUGCAUUUGGAGCUUAGGUUGGCACUGUGGAGUGCCCCCCCUGAGUGCCUCAGAUGAAUCCAGAAAGAGCUGCACCGUUGGGAUGGCCACCAUGAUCCUCACCCUACUCUCGUCCGCCUGGUUCCCCCUGGAUCUCUCAGCCCACCAAGAUGCUCUGAUUUUAGCUGGAAACUUGCUUGCAGCCAGUGCCCCAAAAUCGCUGAGAAGUCCCUGGACCUCUGAAGAUGAGACCAACCCAGCCGCCACCAAGCAGGAGGAGGUUUGGCCAGCCCUGGGCGACCGGAGCCUGGUGCCCAUGGUGGAGCAGCUCUUCUCCCACCUGCUGAAGGUGAUCAACAUCUGUGCCCAUGUCUUGGAUGAUGUGACCCCGGGACCAGCACUCAAGGCAGCCUUGCCGUCGUUAACAAACCCCCCUUCUCUAAGUCCCAUCCGACGGAAGGGGAAGGAGAGGGAGCCUGGGGAGCAGACAUCUGUGCCAUCAAGUCCCAAGAAAGGCAACGAGGCCAGUCCAGCGUCUCGACAGUCUGAGACCUCAGGGCCUGUCACGGCAAACAAGUCCUCGUCGCUGGGGAGUUUCUGUCACCUUCCCUCGUACCUCAAGCUGCACGAUGUGCUGAAGGCCACGCACGCCAACUACAAGGUCACGUUGGAUCUUCAGAACAGCACUGAGAAGUUUGGGGGGUUUCUGCGCGCUGCCUUGGACGUGCUCUCUCAGAUUCUGGAGCUGGCCACCCUCCAGGACAUCGGGAAGUGUGUCGAGGAGAUCCUUGGUUACCUGAGGUCCUGCUUCAGUCGGGAGCCCAUGAUGGCAACAGUCUGUGUCCAGCAGCUGCUGAAGACUCUCUUUGGGACAAACCUGGCUUCCCAGUUUGAUGGCUUAUCUUCCAACCCCAGCAAGUCACAAGGCCGCGCACAGCGCCUUGGCUCCUCCAGCGUGCGGCCCGGCUUGUACCACUACUGCUUCAUGGCCCCGUACACCCACUUCACCCAGGCCUUGGCGGACGCCAGCCUGAGGAACAUGGUGCAGGCCGAGCAGGACCGCGACCCCUCGGGGUGGUUUGACGUCCUCCAGAAAGUGUCUACCCAGCUGAAGACAAACCUCUCGAGCGUCGCCAAGAACCGUGCGGAUAAGAACGCGAUUCAUAAUCACAUCCGCUUAUUUGAGCCACUCGUCAUAAAGGCUCUGAAGCAGUACACAACCACCACGUCCGUGCAGCUACAGAAGCAGGUGCUGGACCUGCUGGCACAGCUGGUUCAGCUGAGGGUGAACUACUGUCUCCUGGACUCGGAUCAGGUGUUCAUCGGGUUUGUGCUGAAGCAGUUUGAAUACAUCGAAGUGGGCCAGUUCAGGGAAUCGGAGGCAAUCAUUCCAAACAUCUUCUUCUUCCUGGUGUUGCUGUCUUAUGAACGCUACCAUUCGAAGCAGAUCAUCGGAAUCCCCAAGAUCAUUCAGCUCUGCGAUGGCAUCAUGGCCAGCGGGAGGAAGGCUGUGACUCAUGCCAUCCCGGCUCUGCAGCCUAUUGUCCACGACCUCUUCGUGUUACGAGGAACCAACAAAGCCGAUGCAGGAAAAGAGCUCGAGACCCAAAAAGAGGUGGUGGUGUCCAUGUUGCUGCGACUCAUCCAGUACCACCAGGUGGUGGAGAUGUUCAUCCUGGUCCUGCAGCAGUGCCACAAGGAGAACGAGGACAAGUGGAAACGGCUGUCGCGACAGAUCGCUGACAUCAUCCUGCCCAUGUUGGCCAGGCAGCAGAUGCACAUCGACUCUCACGAAGCCCUUGGAGUGUUAAAUACUUUGUUUGAGAUUUUGGCCCCGUCCUCUCUGCGGCCCGUGGACAUGCUUUUGCGGAGCAUGUUCGUCACUCCGGACACGAUGGCAUCUGUGAGCUCUGUUCAGCUGUGGGUGUCAGGAAUCCUUGCCAUCCUGCGGGUCCUGAUCUCCCAGUCAACCGAAGACAUUGUUCUCUCUCGCAUUCAAGAGCUCGCCCUCUCUCCAUAUUUGAUAUCCUGCCCAGUAAUAAACAGGCUGAGAGAAGGGGACAGCAGUCCUGCGCCAGAGGAACACAGUGAUGGGAGACAAGUGAAGAAUUUGCCAGAAGAAACGUUUUCAAGGUUUCUAUUGCAACUGGUCGGCAUUCUUUUAGAGGACAUUGUCACGAAGCAAUUAAAAGUGGACAUGAGCGAGCAGCAGCACACCUUCUAUUGCCAGGAGCUGGGCACGCUGCUGAUGUGUCUCAUCCACAUCUUCAAGUCGGGAAUGUUCCGGAGAAUCACAGCCGCCGCCACGAGACUGUUCACGGCUGAGGCCGCUGACAGCAGCUUCUAUGGGCUAGAGAGCCUGAACGCGCGGGUGUGCUCCAUGGCCCCCACACACCCUGCCUUGGUGCUGCUCUGGUGCCAGAUCCUGCUGCUCGUCAGCCACACCGACUACCGCUGGUGGUCAGAGGUGCAGCAGACCCCCAAAAGACGCAGUCUGUCCAGCACGAAGUCCCUGAGUCCCCAGCUGUCUGGAGAGCAGGAGGACGCUGCCUUGGUCUCCAAACUCGGGAUGUGCAACAGAGAGAUUGUGCGGAGAGGGGCGCUCAUUCUCUUCUGCGAUUAUGUGUGUCAGAACCUGCACGACUCUGAGCACUUGACGUGGCUCAUCGUGAAUCACAUUCAGGACCUGAUCAGCCUGUCCCACGAGCCGCCCGUGCAGGACUUCAUCAGCGCAGUGCAUCGCAAUUCUGCUGCCAGCGGCCUUUUCAUCCAGGCAAUUCAAUCUCGUUGUGAAAACCUCUCGGCUCCCACCACCCUGAAGAAGACACUGCAGUGCCUGGAAGGGAUCCACCUCAGCCAGUCGGGGGCCGUGCUGACGUUGUAUGUGGACAAGCUCUUGUGCACCCCCUUCCGUGUGUUGGCCCGCAUGGUGGACACCCUGGCUUGUCGCCGGGUAGAAAUGCUUUUGGCCGCAAAUUUACAGAGCAGCGCGGCGCAGUUGCCAGUGGAGGAGCUGAGCAGGGUCCAGGAGCACCUGCAGAGCAGCGGGCUCGCCCAGAGACACCAGCGGCUCUACUCCCUGCUGGACAGGCUUCGUCUGGCUGCUGCGCCAGGGUCACGCGGCCCCUCUCCUCCACUCACGUCCCACCCGCUGGACGGGGAUGGGCCCCUGGCACUGGAGACAGUGACUCCGGACAAAGACUGGUACUUACGUCUGGUCAGAUCCCAGUGCUGGACCAGGUCGGACUCCGCGUUGCUGGAAGGUGCGGAGCUGCUGAGCCGCCUCCCCUCCGGGGACAUGAGUGCGUUCAUGCUGGACUCGGAGUUCAACCUCAGCCUGUUAACCCCGUGCCUGGGCCUGGGCCUGCGUGAAAUUUCUGGCGGCCAGAAGAGCCCCCUUUUUGAGGCGGCGCGCCUGGUGACCCUGGAGCGCGUGAGCGGCACGGUGCAGCAGCUCCCCGCCGCCCAUCAGGUUUUCCAGCCCGGCCUGCCUGCCGAGCCCACUGCCUACUGGAGCAAGCUGAGCCAUCUGUUUGGAGAUGCUGUGCUGUAUCGGUCCCUGACCACACUGGCCCGGGCCCUGGCCCAGUACCUGCUGGCCUUGUCCAAAGUGCCCGGCUAUUUGCACCUUCCUCCUGACAAGGAAAAGGACACUGUCCAGUUUGUGGUCAUGACCCUGGAGGCGCUGGCGUGGCGUCUGGUCCACGAGCAAAUCCCGCUGAGUCUGGACCUGCAGGCAGGCCUGGACUGCUGCUGCCUGGCCCUGCAGCUGCCCGGCCUCUGGAGCACACUGUCCUCCCCGGCACUGGUGACCCAGGCCUGCUCCCUCAUCCACUGCGUCCGCUUCCUCCUGGAAGCCAUUGUAGUGCAGCCCGGGGACCAGUUGCUCAGUCCGGAAAGAAGGACAGAUACCCCAAAGGCCUCCAGGGACAGCCGAGCAGAUUCAAACACUCAGACCCCCAAGUACCUGGCUGCAGCCUGUGGGAUGGUGGCGGAGAUGGUGGAGGCCCUGCCCUCAGUGUUGGCUCUGGGCCAUCAGAGGAACAGCAGCAUGCCCGCCUUCCUCACGCCUGUGCUCAGGAACAUCGUGGUCAGCCUGGCCCGCCUGCCCUUCGUCAAUAGCUACACACGCAUCCCCCCACUGGUGUGGAGGCUUGGAUGGUCACCCAAGCCAGGAGGGGACUUUGGCACUGUGUUCCCCGAGAUCCCUGUGGAGUUCCUGCAGGAGAAGGAAGUCUUCAAGGAGUUCAUUUGCCGCAUCAAUACUCUAGGGUGGACCAGCCGGACCCAGUUUGAGGAGACAUGGGCCACUCUCCUUGGUGUCCUGGUGACUCAGCCCCUGGUGAUGGAGCAGGAGGAGAGCCCGCCAGAAGAGGACACGGAGCGGACACAGAUCAAUGUCCUGGCCGUGCAGGCCAUCACCUCUCUGGUGCUGAGUGCCAUGACCGUGCCUGUGGCAGGCAACCCCGCUGUGAGCUGCCUGGAGCAGCAGCCUCGGAACAAGCCCCUGAAAGCUCUCGACACCAGGUUCGGGCGGAAGUUGAGCAUCAUCAGAGGGAUCGUGGAGCAGGAGAUCCAAGCCAUGGUGUCAAAGAGAGAGAACAUCGCCUCCCACCACCCAUACCAGGCGUGGGACCCCGUCCCCUCUCUGUCUCCGGCCACUACAGGCGCCCUCAUCAGCCACGACAGGCUGCUGCUGCAGGUCAACCCCGAGCGGGAGCUGGGCGACGUGAGCUACAAGCUGGGCCAGGUGUCCAUCCACUCCGUGUGGCUGGGGAACAGCAUCACCCCCCUGCGCGAGGAGGAGUGGGACGAGGAGGAGGAGGAGGAGGCCGACGCGCCCGCGCCGUCGUCACCGCCCACGUCUCCAGUCAAUUCCAGGAAACACCGGGCCGGCGUUGACAUCCACUCCUGUUCGCAGUUUCUGCUUGAGCUGUACAGCCGCUGGGUCCUGCCGUCGGGCCCAGCCCGGAGGAUGCCCGUCAUCCUGAUCAGCGAAGUCGUGCGGUCUCUUCUCGUGGUCUCAGACUUGUUCACUGAGCGCAACCAGUUUGAGAUGAUGUACCUCACGCUGACAGAGCUGCGGCGGGUGCACCCUUCAGAGGACGAGAUUCUCCUUCAGUACCUGGUGCCCGCCACCUGCAAGGCAGCUGCUGUCCUUGGCAUGGACAAAGCUGUGGCCGAGCCGGUCAGCCGACUGCUGGAAAGCACGCUGCGGAGUGGCCACCUGCCCAGCAAGAUCGGGGCACUGCACGGCGCACUCUACGUGCUCGAGUGCGACCUGCUGGAUGACACGGCCAAGCAGCUCAUCCCCGUGCUCAGUGACUAUCUCCUGUCCAGUCUCAAAGGGAUGGCCCACUGUGUGAACGUCCACAGUCAGCAGCAUGUGCUGGUGAUGUGUGCCACUGCCUUCUACCUGAUAGAGAACUACCCUCUGGACGUGGGGCCGGAGUUCUCGGCGUCGGUCAUACAGAUGUGUGGGGUGAUGCUGUCGGGCAGCGAGGAGGCCACACCUUCCAUUAUCUACCACUGCGUCCUGAGGGGCCUGGAGCGCCUCCUGCUGUCUGAGCAGCUCUCCCGGCUGGACACAGAGUCCCUGGUCAAGCUGAGUGUGGACAGGGUGAAUGUGCACAGCCCGCACCGCUCCAUGGCAGCCUUGGGCCUGAUGCUCACCUGCAUGUACACAGGAAAAGAGAAAAUCAGCCCCGGCAGAACCUCAGAUCCCAAUCCCACUGCCCCUGACAGCGAGUCGGUGAUUGUGGCCAUGGAGCGUGUGUCUGUGCUCUUUGACAGGAUCCGAAAAGGGUUUCCCUGUGAAGCCAGAGUGGUGGCGCGGAUCCUUCCUCAGUUUUUAGACGACUUCUUCCCACCGCAGGACGUCAUGAACAAAGUCAUCGGGGAGUUUCUGUCCAACCAGCAGCCAUACCCACAGUUCAUGGCCACCGUCGUGUACCAGGUUUUCCAGACUCUGCACAGCACAGGGCAGUCGUCCAUGGUCCGUGACUGGGUCAUGCUGUCCCUCUCCAACUUCACACAGAGGACCCCCGUGGCCAUGGCCGUGUGGAGCCUGUCCUGCUUCUUUGUCAGUGCUUCCACCAGCCCCUGGGUGUCGGCGAUCCUUCCCCACGUCGUCAGCAGGAUGGGCAGGCUGGAACACGUGGAUGUUAACCUCUUCUGCCUGGUCGCCACAGACUUUUACAGACACCAGAUAGAGGAGGAGCUGGACCGCCGGGCCUUUCAGUCUGUGUUCGAGGUGGUCGCGGCACCAGGAAACCCGUAUCACCGACUGCUGACUUGUUUGCGGAAUGUCCACAAGGUCACCACAUGCUGAGUGGCCGCAUGGGGCAGCUGGGAGCCUCGGGCUUCUCCUGGGGUGCCAGGGCACACAGUGGCGUCCGUCUCUGCAGGCGGCCCGCGCCCCUGGCCGUGCGGCGGCGUACAGGGAAUAUGCAGUAACUCUGAGGGUCGAGCCUGAGUCCUCCUGGGGAGGCAGCCACGUUGCUCACCCUCCCGCGGAGCUAGUGCUGGAGGCCAGUCGGCGUGCCAGGCGUUGCUCUGUCCUGGCGUCCAUCCUGGGGUCCAGGGCAUGCUGCUCUGUGGCUGGGACACGAGCCCUGCCCUUUGGGCUGGCUGCCAGCCCUUUGCUGUCCCCCAGGCAGAGGCUCUGGGAGCGCUGGUCUGCUCCCCCCCCCCCCGCCCCCCGCAAGGUGCAGGAAGCCAGGGUUGGGCCGCGCCAGGCAGGGUGGGCGUGUCAGCUGGGGUGUGGGUGGGGGCUGGUGGCCAGACACCCAGCGCCGUCCUCCCUUCUCUGUUUUCUUCUCAGGAUUUCAAAUUUAAUUCUAUCAGUAAAGAGAUUAAUUUUAAGGUAACUUCUUGCGCCCGUGUGCGUGUGUGUGUGUUGGGGAGCCUGUGUUGCAUGCGGCGGUGUCUCCGGGCCUGGCCGCCCCUCCCGUGCACUCACGUGUCAUCAGCCCUUAGAGCAGCAUCAGCGUCAGGUCACGUGUCCGUACCAGGGGCUCUCCACGGCCCCCGGCCCUCCCCACAGCACCCAUGAGGGGCGGUGUGGCCCUCGUGUCCCCGGCUCCCAUCCCAGCUGACUGGGCUGUGGUCUGCCAGAGCUGUGGGCCUUGCCCAGCGGCCCCUUGAGUCGCCCGAGCUGUGUUUGCAUCCUCCGGUCAAGAACAGAGCUUUGUGUCUUGGCAACUGUUAGAAAGAUCCCAGCGCCCCUUGGGGCCCUUCCGUGCCGCGGGCGCCUUGGAGCCCAGGAUAGCCCAGGGUGGUGCCUCAGCACUGUGUGGCUCCAUCUGAAGGGGCAGGACAGGGCCUGGCCAGCCCAUGGGGGACAACCCAUACCCUCUGCCAGCCACCGCUCAGGUGGGGCCUUGCGUGCCAGCUUCUCCAGUGCUGGGGGGCGGGGCGCGGG